CCCGAUAGAGCAUUUGAUUUCAGAUAUGGAGAAGAUUAUCAAACAACAUAUGAUAAUUUUGGCUGGCGAGUUCAAUUAAGAACGAAUACAACAAAUUCAUCAAAUCCGGACAAAAACGUAACUUAUAACGCUCUAUCAGAAAAUAAUGGAUCAAUUUCCGAGGAAAAUUUAACAUUUAUUUCAAGAUUCGAUAAAUCACUCGGCGACGAUUAUAUUAGAGUCAUAUUUGAUCUAACAAACAAUGGAAAUGAAUCAAAGCUAUUUGACAUUGGCGUAUAUGCUGAUAUUCAAAUUGGUGGUGACGAUCGUGCUGCAGUCCUACCAUUAUCGGAUGGAAAAGGAUUUUCAAUGGAGAAUAAAAAUGAUCAGGAUCCAAGAAAAGGAGAUAUACUUACCCUUCUUGUUAGAGAUGGUUAUGAUGUUACCAAUGUUGACACUUUAUAUUGGGGACAGUAUCAUGACGAUCGUUCUGAAAUUGGUAGAAAUGUUUCAAAUCCAGAUGAGUCUUUGGAAAAUACAGAUUCAGUAUUUGAAAUCUCAUGGAUCGGAAGAGUUAUUAAACCAGGAGAGAAACAAUCAUUCAAUGUUCUUUUGAUAGUAGGAAACAAAAUUAAACUACCACCAAUUAUUCACGUCAAUUCUUUCAAUAAAGCUCAAAUAAACGAAACAACCUUUACAGUUGAAGGAACUUUUGCUUCCGUUUAUGAUGACUCGAAGAUUGACCUCUAUUAUAAAUAUGGAGAUGAUGGCACAGAGCAUAAACUUGAUUCAUUGAAUGCAUCAAAUGGAGAAAAAACAAAACAUUUUUCAAUUCCACUUCAAUGUGGUCCAUCAAAGACGAAAACUCUUUAUAUUUGGGCCUUGGAUGAAGGUAGGAGACGAUCCAACUAUGAGGCAACAAUCAUUAGCACAGUAAAACCAUCAAUUACAAUUGAUCAUCCACCUGCAAAUGGUUAUACAGUUGGAAGCGACAUUAAAAUAAAGGUCAAACUCAGUGAUGACACAUCUGCAAGAAUUGUUUAUGAGUUAGAUGGCAAAGUUGUUCAAGGUGAAUUGAUUGAAAUAAAUAAUGAAGAAAAGACCAAAGAAAUCGUCAUAAACACUGCAAAUCUUUCUCUCUCCGAACACUCAUUGAAAGUUUAUGUGGAAGAUGAAUAUGGCUAUAGAAGUGAGUUAA